UUUCACACACACACACACUCUCUCAAUUGCCUCGCCUCCACCAUCCACCGCCUCUCCUCCACCCUCCAGCCGCCGCUCGUAUAUUAAGGGGUGGCGCGGCCCCUCCCCUGACCUUCUCUCUCUACCGGAAGCCCUAGGUCCUCAAUUUACAGCCUCCUCCUCGACGAUUCCCGGCGACUGCACUGCCGGAAGGCCGCCGCCACCAAGCUCAGCUCUAGGUUCUCUUCCGACGCCAAUCCUCUCUCUGUCCAAAUCGCCACCGCACCUAUUCCGCCUUCCACCGCGCCUCCUCCGCCGUUGAUACUCACGGCUAUGCUUCGGUCUCGCCGCCCCCUCCAUCUCAACACCUUCGCGCUGCCUACACCGCCUCAUCCUAGAGCCGCCUCCACCCUCUCAGUGAAAUCCUAGCUUUUUUGUUUCUGAUUUUUUUGGGGUCGGCUUUAACUUGAAGCAUUUUUACUUUCCCAGAAUUGUGAUUUGUUUUGGGAUUUUACUUGGUUUUGGGAUUGUUACUUGAGAUUUUUUUUGAAAUUUUACUUGAAGGAUUUUUACUUUCCCAGAAUUACUAAUUUUUUUGGGGACUUUUACUUGAAAUUUGUUUAGGGAUUUUACUUGAAGGAUUCUUACUAUCCCAGAAUUGCGAUUUUUUUUUGGGAAUCUUGGAAUUUUAAUUAUUUUGAGGAGUUAGUCUUCUUCGCUGAGCAGGCUACUUCAUUUCGCCGGACUUGGUUGGGUGUGUAAAGGUGGAGGGAAAUGACGGAGCAGACUUGGCAAAAGUUUUGAGGAAGAAAUGAUUAUUCAGUUAAUAAACAUGUGGAUCAUUUACAUUAGAAGUCAGUAAUGGCAACCCAUUCAGCUUGCGCCAAGUGGACAAUCAAGAUUCUCAUUUCACAGCCGAGCACGUUAGCAUUUCUCAGUUUAAUUACUUGCGACAGCGCAACUAUAUAUACUUCGGCGUGAGCUCAUGCUACCGCUCUGAUAAAUCUUCUCUCUCUCUCUCUAACAAAGCUCCCCUUUAAUUUCCCCCGAAAGGCCGAAAUCCUAUCCGACCUGUCUCAAGUGUCAAAUUCCAAUUCAAUUCAAACGAAAAAGACGCUAGAUUCACUCGCAAUUGCUUUCCCCUCAGAAACCCUUAUCCAUAUCCACCAAUUCUGUAUAAAUCCUCUGAUUUUUUCUCCCAGAUCUGUCCUCAAUUCCCUAAAUUGCUUAUUCGUUUUUUCUUUGACAAUUUUUAUUCAACCCAAAAGUUCCCCGAUUAGUUCAUUCUUCUUGCGUAUAUUCAAGCGUGUGCGGUUGGAAUGGGAAGGUUUAAUCGGGAGAUAUCGAAACGGUCGUCUUCGUCAGAGCCGGCGGUGACGACGUCAACGUCGAGAACUGAAACCGUUAACGGUUCCCACGAGUUCAAGAUCGCGGGGUACUCGUUGUCGAAGGGAAUUGGGAUUGGGAAGUACAUAGCGUCGGAUACGUUUAUGGUUGGCGGGUACGAUUGGGCGAUUUAUUUCUACCCUGAUGGGAAAAGCACGGAGGACAAUUCCACCUACAUCUCGCUUUUCAUUGCAUUGGCGAGUGAGGGAACAGAUGUUAGGGCGCUUUUUGAGCUAACUCUGCUCGAUCAGAGUGGAAGAGAGAGACACAAGGUGCAUAGCCAUUUUAGCAGGGCUUUGGAGAGCGGGCCUUACACACUUAAAUAUCGAGGCAGCAUGUGGGGUUACAAGCGUUUUUUCAAAAGAACUGCUCUGGAAACCUCCGACUACCUAAAAGAUGAUUGUCUUCAAGUUCGUUGCUGUGUUGGUGUUGUCAAGUCUCACACAGAGGGACCUAAGAUCUACUCUAUACCGUUACCCCCAUCCGACAUUGGUCAGCAAUUCGGGAAGCUGCUUAAAAGUGGAAAAGGAACUGAUGUAAAUUUUGAAGUUGAUGGAGAAACUUUUUCUGCUCAUAAAUUGGUACUUGCAGGUCGGUCUCCAGUAUUCAGGGCUCAAUUAUAUGGUCCAAUGAAGGAUCAUAACACAAGAUGUAUAAAAGUUGAGGAUAUGGAGACACCAGUGUUUAAGGCGUUACUUCAUUUUAUAUACUGGGAUUCACUACCUGAUAUGGAAGAGCUUACUGGAAUGAACUCGAAAUGGGCUUCAACCUUGAUGUCUCAGCACCUGCUUGCUGCUGCUGAUCGGUAUGGUUUAGAUAGGCUCAGGGUGCUCUGCGAGGCUAACCUCUGUGAUGACGUAGCUAUUAAUACUGUUGCAACAACAUUGGCACUGGCAGAACAGCACCAUUGUUUCCAGCUAAAAGCUGUCUGUCUCAAAUUUGUAGCAUUGCCUGAAAAUCUUAGAGCCGUAAUGCAGACUGAUGGGUUUGAAUACCUGAAAGAAAGCUGUCCUAAUGUUCUGACUGAAUUAUUGGAGUAUGUUGCAAGGAUCAACGAACACUCUAUAGCCACCGGCAAGCAAGGAAUUGAAGGUAUCCUGGACGGCAGCGAUGCCAAUGGCAGACGCGUGAAGCAAAGACUAUAACAUAAGUUGCUAUUGACUGGUACCUUCAAAUAGCUCAGAUGAGAGAGAAAUUAAUUAGCAUAGGUUCAUUAGGGUUAAGUAGCAUCUGUCUUCAUGCUGAAUCUAGUUUGAUGCAAGCUGUAAAUGUUGCUGUGAUCUGAUCUCUUCUCCCUUCUGUCAUUCUUGUGGUUAUAGGGUCUUGUAUCUGUUUGUAGUUUGUGCAUUGUUCCAUUUAAUUAAAGAAGGUGAGGCAUUAACUAAUUGUGUUUGUAAUUGAGCAGCAAGAAACUUUGUCACCUUUUGUAUGUAAUUCAUCAUUGUGUUGUGUAUAAAGAAUUGUAGGCUAGGAUAUGCUGACUUCUUUCUUUCAAA